CCUAAAUCCAUAUAUUUCCUUCUCCUCCUCUCUCUCAUUCUAAAUUCCGACUUCCGACUUCCGACCAUCUCUCCACCGUACCUCACUCUCUCACCGCCAACUACCGUCGCCGCCCUCCCUUUCAUGUCCGCUUGUCGCCGCCCUCCCUUUCAUGUCCGCUUGUCGCCGCUGUCCCAAGUAUUUGAAAUAACCCCCGCCAGUCCGCCAUCGACGUACCACUGCCCCUGUUGAGUUUCCAUUCUCAGCAGCACCAGCUUCGUUGCCUUCUGGCAACUGCAAAAGGAACCGUCGCCGCCCACCUCUCCCACUUUACUCGUUACUCUCUGCUUCGUAGUGCUAUUGGGUCCAUUCUACAUCUAAGCGUUCUUCGGUUUACUUUAGUCGACUCGCAAUGGGGAAGAAGAAGUUCUUCGACAAGAAGAAAUCCGCAACUUUCCAAUUACUUGCUCGUGACUCAUCUGAUCCAAAUUACGAUGGAACUGCCGCCACCGACCGUGUUUUUGUACGUGUUGACAACCACUCUUAUAGUCUCCCUGCCUUUGAUGAUGGUCCUGCCGAUGCUUCCGGUUCUGCCUGCUACGAUGAAGAUCCUAACUCAAUAUUUGCCGAUGCUCCUGAAGAUUAUGAUGAUGAAGAUAAUGGAGGUUUUGGGCCGUCUUUGCGGUUGCGUGAGGAAGUUGGUGGAACAGCACCGUUACCCGAAAACGUCAGAAGGGAGAUUUUGGAGCUAGGGUUCCCUGAUGAUGGUUACAAUUAUUUGCUGCACCUUCGGGAGAUUAAGAAUACGGGUGGUGGUUCGGCGUUUUAUCAGAACCCCAAGGCCAAGCUGAAUCAGGUUCCACGAGAUGAGAAGGCGUAUGAUGCCUCCAGAGUGAUUGUUUCUAAAGGGAACAUUGAUGCCGAUGGGAACAUCUACAAAGUUGCGUCCAAGACUGUUGGAGUCAGGGUUCAAAAUGUUGUUGACCCUGAAAUAGCUGCACUGCUUGAUGAUGAUGAUUUAUCGCGAUUUGGUUCUGAUGUCGAGGACUUAGAAGAGGACUUCGUAGUUCAGGCAAACUUGUGUGAAGAAGGGGAGGAUGAUACUACGGACAAUAAGUUUACUGUGGUUGAGGAUGUUGAGAGGACGGCAGGAAGCCAUUUAGUUGACAACAAAUCUUUUGGUGACAACAUUUUUGAGGACGCUGAUAUGGACCAUUUGGAAGAAGUAAGCGAGAAUAGUGACGUUGAUAAGCCACGAACUCGUCGUCUUUUGGAUGAUCAAUUUGACACUCUGUUGAACCGGGACUAUGCAUCUAGUGACAAUGAGGGCACUGAUUGUGACGAACCCUGCAUAGCUGAAGAAGACGAAUCUCUUGCCCAAAAGCUCAAUCAUGCCCUUGGCAAUCAUAGUAAGGAUGAGUUUGAACUUGAGCAAGGAUAUAAGGCUCCUGCAGAUAUAUUGAAUGGUAAAGAAGGAUUAGAAGAUUUAGAGCUUUUGCAGUCUGCCAGUGAUGUAAUUCAUCGGUGUAUGGAAUAUGCUGAGAAAUAUCAAAAUGAAGAUGAUGACAUUGAAGAUGAAUUUAUAUUUGAGGAGAGCAGUGACGAAUCUGAAGUUUGGGACUGUGAGACCAUUGUCUCUACAUGUUCUAAUCUCAAUAACCAUCCUGGGAAGAUCAUGGCUCCUGAAAUGACCAGAAGGAAGAAGUUGGCAGAAACUGUCUCUGGAGCUCUUAAUUCCAAUAAUCCUGUGAUAACUCUUCGGGGAAAAGAGAAGCUACCAGUGGACUUCCUACCUCAUGGUCGAAAAGUCGACAAAGUGAUAGAUAUUGGCAAGUUGAGAACCGAACCUCAGAAGAGGAAGUCGCACAGUCAGGAGUCCAAAGAAGAAAAGAAGGAGAGAAAGGCUGCGAUUAAAGAAGCACGUCGUGAAGCACGCCGCACGAAAAAAGAAAUGAAAGGCCUUUACAAGGGGGAAGCUCAUCGUGCUCAGAAAGUAGUUGCCUUUUCUGGUCCAGCAUCUAUUCAUCUUAUGUGAGAGGGGCUAGAAAAUUGAACAUUUUUUUUUCCCAUUCGUGGUGCUGGGAGUUUGCGGAACAAUACUUGUACAGAACAAAGUAGCCAAUGAUCCAAAUGUGUGGAGAAAGGAGAGGAAAAUAAGAAAAGGCUUAAUCUGUUCAAGGAUUUCCCUGAUAUCCACCACAUACGGAUCUGAUUCUUUAUAUGAUUAGUCUAAAGAAAAGCGUCUAUAACACAUCUUAUGAUGUGUGUUCGAACGAAAGCAUAUUUAUUAAAACUGAAGUCGUUUGCUUCAACUUGCAUACUUCUCGGACCAUGAAUUUGUAUUUUUGUUCUUCUAAUAACAUUUAAGUUGAGAUUAUGACAGUUAUUUAAA